AUGGCUGACAAACACGACUUCGGGGAGCUCUUCAAGAGUGAAGCCUAUGCUAACUCAUUCAAACGCGGGGAGAUGAUCACCCGCCCAUUCGCUGAAAUUCUAGUUGACCAGAGCAAGGUGGUCACCGAGUCGAAGGCCAACCCUAAUCAACCUUUAGUAAUCCUUGACAAUGCCUGCGGCACUGGUGUCGUCUCCAGCACCCUCAACUCCAAGCUUGAUAACAUUGUCAAGAAAACAUGGAAGUUGACAUGUGGAGACAUCUCGUCGGCAAUGAUCGAGUACACCAAGGUCCGGAUGCAACAAGAGAGCUGGCCACACACGGAGACAAAGAUCGUCGAUGCGCAGAAGCCUGAGCUGGCUAGUGGUCAAUUCUCUCACAUUUUCACUGCGUUCGCCUAUAUGGCACUCCCCGAGUCCGUUAAGGCUCUCAAGGAAACCGCCAGAAUGCUGCAACCGGGUGGUACUAUUGCUUUCUCAACCUGGAUCGAGCCCGGCUGGAUGGCCAUCGCCCGAGCAGCGAUCGAAAGCAUGCCAGGCGACCUGUGUUUUCCUGAGACCCCAAAGCUCUUGGCGGUCAUAACUGACGGGCAAUGGGACUCGAAGCCCUGGAUUGAGUCCCAGCUCGAGGAGCUUGGGUUUCAGGACACCGAGGUUCGCCCAACAACAAUUAAGUUGACUCUCACAUCCCCUGUCUUCGUGGAUAUGAGCAUGUUGAUGUUCCCCAUGAUGAUGAACUCCUUCUGGACUGAAAAGCAACGGGAGGAGAACAAGGAUAAGGUUCGCCCAGCGCUGGAGAAGUACGUGGAGAACGUGUACGGGUCUGGGAACAUCGAUACUGAAUGGGUAGCUAUUUUGUCCAGUGCGCGUAAGCCUUGCUAG